UAGUCAUCCCACAACAUACUGAAUUAUACAAGAAAUCGGACAGAAUACAGUUAGACGACAAUGUCUUCUGCAUUUGGAAUGCUUCUCAAGCAGUUUCGUUCCAUCAUCUCGACGUAAAGUGCAAGAAAAUGAAGUUCUUCGUGCCUCUACUACUACUCGCCUUAUGCGUCACCUAUGUCCACUCAACCAUUUACACGAACAAUGACGUUGAUGGUCCUGUGAGUUUAGGACAACCUUAUCCCGUCAGCUUCCGAAGACGGUGUCCCCUUUGCGAUUCCUCGGUUUACAGCUACUGUAGCGACAAACUUUUCCACGAUUCUUGCUGUUGCCAUAAUCCCAAUAACCCUUACGAUCGCCUUCCAUACCAAUGCCAAUUUGCGGAUUGCAGUUUCCUUCACGCCAAUACUUGUCAAGAACACAAACUGAUCACCGCUUGUUGCUGUACCAGCGUCUAUUUCAAAUAAUAAGAAACUCAACAUAAUAAAUAUAAUUUAUUCAUGUAACGUCACUUACACAAUUUAUUGUAAUUAUGAUUAGAGGAUAGUUUUUUGUAAAUAAUGAAGCUUGAACAGUG